CCACAGUUGGCAAAUUGUAACGUUGAAAACUAUACGAGGAAAGCUCUUGAAUUUAGAGAGAGAUAGAGGGGGGAGAGAGAGAGAGAGAGAGACGGGUAAGUUGCUCGGCUCCAUAUCGACGGAAGCUGAGAAAACUAGGAAUUUUUUACAGUUUUACGACAAAGAUUUGUAUUUGAAGACAGGCAGAAAGAGUUAAUCUUCAAAAGCAUUAAUAUAAACACCUCACGUAAUUUACUCUUUGGAAUUGCACUCUCUCCUCGCAGGAACUCUGAGUGAAUUAUGUUGGUUUCUUAAUGGGCUGCUAUUGUUCAAAGGAAGCUAAAACGCCUGGCUACGAGGACCCUGCGACUCUUGCUGCUGCAACACCUUUUACUGUGAAUGAAGUAGAAGCCUUGUAUGAGCUUUUUAAGAAAUUGAGCAGUUCGAUAAUUGAUGACGGACUUAUCCACAAGGAAGAAUUUCAGCUCGCGCUCUUCAGGAACAAAAAUCGAAGGAAUCUUUUCGCAGACAGGAUUUUUGACUUAUUUGAUGUCAAGCGCAAUGGGGUUAUUGAAUUUGGAGAAUUUGUUCGAUCAUUAGGCGUCUUUCACCCCGAUGCACCUGUAGAAGACAAAAUUUCAUUUGCUUUUAGACUCUAUGAUCUGAGACAAACAGGGUACAUUGAGCGAGAGGAGUUGAAGGAGAUGGUGGUCGCACUUUUGCACGAAUCAGAUCUGGUACUCUCGGAUGAUGUCAUUGAAAUGAUCGUGGAUAAGACAUAUAGUGAUGCAGAUAAGAAAGGUGAUGGGCGCAUUGAUGAAGAAGAGUGGAAGGAAUUUGUGUCGAAGCAUCCGAAUAUGAUAAAGAACAUGACUCUCCCGUACUUAAAAGAUAUAACAUUAGCGUUUCCUAGCUUUGUGAUGACUUCCGAAGUUGAAGAUUCAGAAAUGUGAGAGUAUCACAUGAAAGAUGCUCAUGUGCCAAGAUGGUAAUUACUUCGGAGGGCUUUCGAAUGAAGCUACUCGCACUUCAUGAAGAAUAAAUUUCUAUGGUGACACUUCACCGGCAGAUAGAAACCUCGAGUUUAAGAUGAAGUUGCGAAGAACUGCUGACGAAUUUCAUCUAAAAAAUUGGAUGCUUGUACGAGUUGAUCCUUCAAUAAAAAAUUUUACGGAAUUUUAACAAAAAACUUCUGACACUGUUCACUUUAAUGAAAAACCAUAUUUUUAUACUAAAAAGUCAAUUAUGAUACUAUUCACUUUAUCA